UAAAAAAUAAAAAGAAAAUCUAUAUAUAAAACCCCCCAAAAUCCCGAUGAUGGAAAAAUCAUUAGAAACCAUAUUUUAUUAAAAGCACUUUCUUUCUUCUCAUUUUAUCAAACACACCAAAUCACAGAUUUCAAAAUAUAACAGAAACAUGUCGCCAUUGACGGGACCACUGUCACCGUCAACCGAAGCUCCGGCUGUAUCGCCGGCAUUUAACUUAAAUACAGUUUUAACUCCAUCUCAAAAAGACAAGGUAAUCGAAUGGUAUAGAGGCGAAUUUGCGGCGUCAAACGCCAUUAUCGACGCUUUAUGCCACCAUCUUGUUCAAAUUUCCGACACCGGAAAAUGUGAGAAUCUAUCAAUUAAUUACGAAGGUGUAUUCGCGGCGAUUCAUCGAAGGAGGCUUAAUUGGAUUCCUGUUCUGCAGAUGCAGAAGUAUUUCACCAUUGCUGAUGUUACUCAUGAGUUACGGAAGAUUGCUGAUGAGAAUCCUAUCAAGAGAGAAAAAGUUGAAGUGGAAGUGAAAAAGGAAAAAAAUAGUGAUGGAGAUCACGAUGAUAAAAAUGGUGGUUUGAAGAUGGAGGACGAACCUGAGGUUAUUGAUGUUAAAUUUUGUCAUGGUAAUGGCUCUGUUAGUGAAGAGGAUGAUUCUCGUGAUAGCCAAAUUACUGAUACAGGUGCCCAUGAAGUUCAGGCAACUCUUGAUCACAUUGAAAUCUGCGAUAACCAUGAAGAUUGUGCUGCUCGUCGUGAUCAGAUCAAGUUGACAAAAGGUUUCGUAGCCAAGGAGCCAGUGAAAGGGCACAUGGUCAAUGUUGUCAAAGGGCUCAAGAUGUAUGAAAACGUAUUUACUGAUCAAGAGCUUUCUAAGCUUAAUGACUUUGUGUACGACCUACGAGCUGCUGGUCAAAAUGGAGAACUCUUAGGUGGAACAUACAUUCUGUUUAACAAACAGAUGAAAACAAACAAAAGGGAGCAGAUUCAACUUGGUGUUCCAAUUUUUGGACAAAUAAAGGAUGAGACUACAAUUCAAGAGCAUAAGUCUAAUAUUGAGCAUAUCCCAGAGCUUCUUCAGAGCGUUAUUGAUCACCUUGUCCAAUGGCAUGUAUUACCUGAAAAUAGGAAACCUAAUGGUUGCAUUAUCAACUAUUUCGAUGAGGGAGAAUAUUCUCAGCCUUUUCUUAAACCACCUCAUUUGGACCAACCGCUAUGCACUUUAGUACUCACUGAAUCAACACUGGCAUUUGGACGUACCCUAAUAAACGACGGGGAAGGGAACUUCAAAGGGCAACUCAUGCUUGCUAUGAAACAAGGGUCUCUUCUUGUGAUGAGGAACAACAGUGCUGAUAUGGCAAGACAUGUCAUGUGUACAUCGCCUACAAAAAGGGUCAGCAUCACAUUCUCUAGAGUCCGUCCAGACAAUGUGCGCAAGCCAUACUCAACACCACUGAGCCCUCUACCUCAAGCCAUGACUCUGUGGCAACCUGAAAUGUCAAACCCUCAAACAAUGACAAAUGUAGAUGCAAUGGAUGGGCUACCAAAGUGGGGUGUUAUCCAAGCUCCUUUGGUGAUGCUAGCCCCUAUCCGUCCUGUUGUUGUAAACCCGAGAAGAAUGCCUGGUAACGGGACUGGUGUUUUCUUGCCUUGGGCUGUUGGAUCAAGGAAAAUGGCAAAACAUCUGCCUCCAAGAGCUCAAAAACGGCGGUUCCUUUCAUAUUCUCGAGUUGAAGGCCAUGUUUCUGAUACCAUGUCUGAUCCCGGGGUGGAAGGAUAAAAUUUGUGAGCCUCAAGUAAUUUUCGGGCAGCAGCACCAGUUGGGCUGAGUAAUGUACAUCCUGCUGGAGGUGCUUCAAUUUGUACAAGGUAUUAUAUGAUGCUGCUUAAGCUUGAUUCCACUGAUUUUUCUUUGAUUGUUUUCAUUUUACCUUUAUUCAAAGAAUAGAUCUAGGUAGUAGUGCUGGUAAUUUUGUAACUGUUGCUGUAGUAUUUGGCGGGUUUAAAGUAUUGAUUGUGAGAAUUCAAAAUGAGGAUGAGCCUGUGUUAGAGGCAUUCUUAUGUAUCUACCUUUGUGACUUGUGAAUUAUGAGCAUCGUUUUCUCUCAUUUA